GAAUCGUCCCAUGGACAACACUUACGAGAGCUGGGGUCAGCGGGCCGACGAGUUUGAGAACGGCACUGUGUGCAUCGGCAUAGACCUGGGCACGACCAACUCGUGUGUGGGGUACUGGAAGGAAGGCGCGAAUUUCGCCAAGAUCGUCAAUCAUGUUGGAAAGGACGGCAAGCACAAGACCGUUCCGUCCGUCGUGAGCUUUCCUCCGCAAGGCAAUCCAUUUGUUGGGUUCGACGCUGUUGAGCACGAACAGAAGUUGGAGCCAGACACCGUGACGAUUCGCAGUGCCAAGCGGUUGAUGGGCAAGACAUUAGCCGAAGUUGGCGACGAACAAAAGUACUUGUCAUAUUCACUUUGCGACGACGGCGACCACGUGGCCAUUGACCUACCGUCAAAGAAGACGGUCGUGGCACCCAGCGAGGUGUCUGCCAUCUUACUCAAAUACAUCAAAGACACAACGGAAGAAAAACUCGGCCACCAAGUGGUCAACUGCGUGCUAACCGUACCAGCGCACUUCAAUGAGUCCCAGCGGCAGGCGACGCUCAAAGCCGCCGCGAUGGCUGGCUUUCAGGGCAUUCGCCUGCUCAACGAACCGACGGCGGCAGCAAUGGCGUACGGUCUCUUCAUUGCAGGCAAAAAACGCGUUGCAAUUUUUGAUUUUGGAGGUGGCACUCUAGACGUAUCGAUCCUGUCGAUCGACAGCGGCAAGUUUGCCGUCGACGGCGUCGGUGGUAACACUCACUUGGGUGGCGAAGACAUCAACCACGUGCUAUACGACUACAUGCUCGAAUCAAUUCAAAACCAAAAUGGCGGGACACCGCUGACUCUGGAUCGGACCGCCAUCAUUCAACUCCAGCAGGCCGCCGAACACGCCAAAGUCACACUGUCCAGCCAAAAAGAAGUGUCCAUCUACCUCGACGACAUUGGCGGCGUCAAGUCGCACAAGCUCAAGCUAACACGGUCCAAGUUUGAGAGCUUGUGCGAUCCGUUGUUGACCAGAUGCAUUGACAUUACACUAAACGUACUCGCAAGCAUCGAUUUGACCCCCAACGACAUUGACGAAGUCGUUCUGGUUGGCGGGUCCACUCGCAUCCCAGCCCUUCGCAAUAAACUCUCGGCGCUCUUCAAUGGAAAAGUAAGCUGUCGACUUGGGGCACGUUCUUUCUUCAUCAGCCCAAUCAAUGUGCGUGUCUGCGCAGGAAAUGUGCACGUCUAUGAAUGCAGAUGAAGUCGUCGCUUCGGGGGCGGCGAUCCAAGCGGCAAUUCUGAGCGGUGUCAACAAGCGAGUGCUGCAGGAUGUCCUUAUGCUGGAUGUGAUCCCAUUGAGUAUUGGAAUUGAAAAGGCGGACGGUACGAUGGAAGUCCUCAUCCCCAAGAACUCGCGAAUCCCCAUUGCCGUCACCAAGCACUUUGAAACCCUUGACGAUGAUCAACGAGGCAUCACGGUCGAAGUGUUUGAGGGGGAGAAGCCCGUAGCCCGCGACAACGUGUUCCUGACCUACUUCAAUUUCACGCUGCCACGUCACAAGGCAGGCAAAGCUGGCGAGUUCCAGCACGCGGUGACGCUGAGCAUGGACGCAAAUGGCAUCCUCCAAGUCAAGGCCGGCGCGCAACACGAUAUCGACGACAACGAAGUGGCCAUUUCAAAUCGGUGGAUCGCCGCUCUCACCUUGUACAUGUCGUUCAUGGCAGCCGUGUACGUGUUUGCACGGGUGUAUUUUGCUACCGACCGCCACGAGUUUAUGGACCGCUUCAACGCGGCAGCAGCCGCCAUCGACGAAUUGUAAGAAUGACUUUCGACUUUACUAUACACGUGGGGACGAGUUUUGUAUGGCCCGAAUUGCGGCUGCAAGCUGCCGCGUUUUGGGCUCGCUCAGGAGGCUGUG